AUGUCAAAAGUAUAUGGUAUUAAACCAGACGUUACUUCAUUGGAUGAAGACCUUCAGAAUCUUCGCUCAAACAAGUUCUCCCCACAGGCAAUUAAAGAAAUAGAAACUUGGAUCUUCCAAGCUAUCCUAAAGAAACCAUUACCUCAAUCAAAUAGCACUUUAUUAGAAACAUUAAAAGAUGGCACAGUUUUAUGCCAGCUGGCGAAUAUUUUAGCUGAAGCUGAUAAUCAACCUACUAUUAAAUGGAAAGAAUCUAAGAUGCCAUUUGUACAAAUGGAACAAAUUGCCCAAUUCUUAAGUUUUGCCACUGCAUACGGGGUACCACAAGAUGAAUUAUUUCAAACGGUAGAUUUAUUUGAAGAAAAAGAUCCUGCCAGUGUAUAUCAAACUAUAAAAUCAGUUUCUCGUUACGCUAACAAGAGACACCCUAAUUUAUUUCCAGUAAUUGGUCCGCAAAUCGCUGAAAAACAUGUUCCACCUAAAGUCCCAAAGAAACCAAAAUCCUUACAAGGUGGUGCAGGCUGGAGUACAAUGGAAUAUGGCUAUAUGGGUGGUGCUUCUCAGUCAACUGAAAAUGUGGUAUUCGGAAAUCGUAGAAACAUUACGUAA